GUACGACUAGAUUGAAUAGACAAUUCAAUGUAUUAAUUUAUUCUAAGAAAGAUACCAUUUUCUUUAGUUGGUUAUUUAAAUAGUAUUCCCGCCACAUGACUUCACUAUUUGAAUUGAUUCGAAUAGUCGAAAGAAGGCCGCAUUCUGAGCAAGUACUUAAAAAAAAAAAGUUAAAUCUAGUGAUUUUUUAGUCCCUAUUUGUAUAUAUCUUACUAUUGGAAGUUCCUGAAUAUAAUUAUAAUGGGCAAAGACGACAAGGAAGAAUCCGGCUUCGGUUUCAAAGACAAGGCGAAGGCCGAAGAAACAUUGAGACUGCUGGAGCAACAUGAUCCAAACUACAGGAGACUGACCGUCAGAGGGCUGUUAGGGAGGGCGAAGAGGGUUUUAUCGAUGACAAAAGCAGAAGACAAAAUUAAAAACAUAAAAGAAGCAAUGCAAGUUUUCGAAGACUGGCUCGCGGAGCUGGAAAAAAAUAAAGAAAAGAAGCCGGAUAAGAAAGAACAAAAGAAGAAAGAAGAUAAAGAGAGGAAAGACGCUGAUGACAAAGAUGAGGAUUCCAGUUCGGAUACUGUGAUGGCAGAAAUUCCCGAAGAAAAGAAAGAACUACCGGCGGAGACUGUGCCAGGUCUUGGAUUUAAAAAUAAAGACGCUGCAACGAAUACGCUUAAAGAAUUGGAAGGACGGGACCCGGACUAUCAGAAGCUAGCCAUUAAGGGAUUGAUCGGGAGGGCGAAGAGAGUUUUAACAUGUACACGUGACGAAGAGAAACUCUCGAAUAUCAAGGAAGCGAUUGCAGUCUUCGACCAGUUUCUUGACGAUUUCGAUACGAUGCACCUCAGUAAACAGAACAACCCCUACAUCAGUCUCGGCAUCGUCAGGACCUGCGUGGAGCUAGCUGGGGACACUGUCACUGAGCAGCAGAAAUCGUUUAUCGCUGCGUAUGCAUCUGUUAAUGGCGAGUACAAGCGCCUGCGCACCGUCCCGAGCGACGGCGGGAAGACGUGGGAUAUUGUGAGGAACGAGGCUCUGAAGGGGUUGAAGGAAAAGUAUUCCGAUGCAAAACUCUUCGGCGACAAAGACAAACCGACAGCUGAACAUCUAGAGAUGCUGCUGUGGGCGUAUUCGCCUGAAGCGGCGCGAUUGAAGAAGGUUAUAUCAGAAACGGCAAACGAAAGUAAAGAGGUCAAUGACCGGAAACGAAAGAGCAGCGCUGAUGAUGAAUCUCCAAGCAAGAAGAAGAAGGAUUGAAGUGUGAUACAGAGAUGUAAUAAUUAAGCAUUUAUUGGUUUAUUAAUAAAUAUACACGAAAA